UCUCACAUCCUGAUAUUUGUGAAUGAGGAAGUAAGUCAGAGUGGACGACCAGGAAAGAAGUUGGACAUGAGAAGACGAAUUUUCGACUUUUAACUGUUAUAUUGUAUAAUUUUGCUACGCACAUUUGAAUAGACAGGCACGGAUGCCUGGGUAUUUGUAGGGCAGUGUAUAACUAGUUGAAAACAGAACUAGGAAAGUAGUUAGACUCGAUCUAGUGAAAGCGAAAGUAAACUGGCGUAAGCGUACACGUUACUGUCGAGAAGUAGAAUAAACGUAGGCAAGGCUACAUAUAAUCAUGGCUGAUGAUGACAUUGCAGAUAGACCGUCUGCGCUGGAAGAAGAUUUGACCUGCCCUAUAUGUAGGUGUGUUUUCACGAACCCAGAACUGUUGUCUUGUUCGCACAGUUUCUGUAAACUAUGUUUGGAACAGGCCUGGAAGGGUAAAACGAGGAAGGAGUGUCCUGUAUGUAGGCACAACUGUACUGAUGAGAAGCCUAUCGUUAACCGCGCUUUGAAGGCUGCCUGCGAGAGCUUCCAGAAAGGAUGUCGUGUGCCUGGGUCCCAGAAGCUGGUGUGUGGAAUGCACAAUCGCAGUUUUGAGCUCUUUUGCAUAAAAGACGAGGCACCUGUGUGCGUGGAGUGUUUAAACCUUCACCCGGGGCACGACCUUCUUCCCCUGGACCAGGGUGUUCCUAUUUGUAAGGAAGAGUUGAACGUAAAAGUUGGCAUCUUGGAGGAUAAAGUGGAAUCUUUCAAAAGGAUGAAAAAGCGAUAUCAGGAUACAAUUGCAUUCAUAGAGAACCAAUCACAGACUGCUGAGAAGACGAUCAGGCAGGAGGUUGUACGCCUGUGUGAGAUCCUGAAGAAGGACGAGGAGGCAAGGGUCCUGGCGCUGAAGAAGGAGGAGGAACAGAAGAAGCUGGCCGUCAAAGAGAAGGUGGACAUCCUGGACCGAGACCUCGCUGCGCUCAAGGAGCUUAUCGAUAACACCAGAAAGGAAAUGGGAGGAGAGGAACUGGACUUGCUCCUGAACUUCAACAAACUGAAGCAUAGUGCAAAAUGGACAGACGAAGGCCCACAAAGGGACCAGGCUGAGCUCAUUCACGUGGCCAAGCACACUGGAGCCGUGGGCUACAAGAUCUGGGAGAAGAUGCUGACCCAAGUAGAGUGCUUGCCCGUGAUCAUGGACCCUAACACCAUCUCGCCCUGGCUGAGCAUCACCCCCGAGUUCAACAGCGUGAAGGAGAACAAGGAGCGGCAGGCCUUCCCGGACAACCCGGAGCGCUUCGACCCGUGCGUCUUCGUGCUGGGCUCGGAGGGCUUCGGCGCCGGGCGCCACCGCUGGGACGUGUUCGUGGGCGACAACCCCAAGUGGAUCCUGGGCGUCUGCCGGGAGUCGGUGGCGCGCAAGCGCAAGUUCACCGUCACCACCAACAGCGGCGUGUGGACCAUCGGGCUGAGCAAGGGCGUCUACAGCGCGCUGACCACACCGCGCACCGCGCUGAAGGUGGAGCGCCGCCCCGAGACCAUCCGGGUCAAGCUCAACAUGGAUAAGGGCCAGGUGUCCUUCUGGGACGCCAGCAACGGCGUCCACCUCCUCACCUACACCGACACGUUCCCCAACCGCGUGUACCCACUGUUCGGGCCCGGCUUGCACAGCACGCCCAUGGCCAUCAAGCCCUCCAAGGUCACCAUUCACCAGCAGUAGCCCAUCGCAUCUGCAGCAGAAGCAGACCAACACACGAUUGUCAAUGAAGAGUAAAAUUGAAUGUGUCUCUGGAUGGCUAAUGAUAAAACUGCUUUAUGCCUUGUUUCAUUUUCUUUAAGAUUUUAUCACUUUUUUUAGUUCAUCUUGUCUUUUUUUUUUGGAGAAGGGUGUUUGUGUUAGGGAAUGGGGUGUUCUUGCUGAAGACAGCACUCCAGUUCCUCUUGGCUGGAUUGUAUGCUCUUCACUGUUGAUAGUCUGUGAAUUCGCCACUGGGGGGGCAGAGUAGCUGCGCUGAUAUGAGCUAAAGCCACAGCAUGGCCAUUUUUUUAACAUUCAUUUAACAUUCAUUUACACCAUUUUUUUCCCUGGUAUGUGCCAGGCUGUCAUUGAAUAUGUGGCAUUGAAGGCUUGCACUGUGUCUCUCAUAACAUGGCAUACAGGCUUGAAAUACAAAUGUCUGUGGAAGCAUGGCAUGCUAUUGCAGGAUUCACUAAGCAUCAACUGAAAUAAAGUGAAUACUGCAUAGAUGUGAAAGAAUAUUAAUCAGAAAAAUGAUUCUUGUUGCAAAUUAUUGCAAUACAUGCCAGUUGAACAUUAUUAUUGUUAUUAUUAUUAUUAUUAUUAUUAUUGUGUUAUAGAUUAUUACAAAUUCCAGACAUUACCUCUUAGAAUGGGUUUGAUGAUGUAUCUGUGUUUUGAAAGCUUGUUGAUAUUAAGGAAUAAUAUAAUAUUGAUCAUAUGCUGUUUUAGCCUUAUAAAGGCAAGGUAAACACAAAUCUAUUUUGACUAUAGUAACCAUGGUGCACAGCCUUAAACAGGAAGCUUUCAUAUUUUUAUCAUGGUUUGUGCUAUUUUGGGGAAAUUCCAAAUAAGAAAUGGAUGACUUUGUGGCUUUUUUAAAUGGGCUAUAUUGAGGUUAAAAUUGAGUAAUGUUGAAUAGAUGUGUGAACUCCUGUAAAUCUUUGAUGGCAGAAAUAUAAUGCUUGCAUUUACAAAGUACGUACUGUAGGUAAGCUCAUAAAUAAUCUUUUGUUAAUUUGUAAGCCUCACAAAUCUAAAUCUUCCUGUAACAGAUCGGGACAAUAGCAGGGUGAAAGUGUGUGGGAUUGAUGAUGUACUAAUAUCAUACACAUGAUGUAGUUGUUUGACAGUGGCAUUUAUCCCAAAUGGCUUCAUGUACACUGAUUUUUGUCAUUGCUUUUAAAGUGGGAGGUCUUAUGUUUUUUGUAUUUGUCUUAUGUUUGUCUUAUGUUUUGAAUUUAUAGUCAAAUGCAAAAUCAUCAACUUUAUGUGCCAUUUAUGAUUCUCACAAAGCUUGAUCAUGUGCCUGAUUUUUUUCCAAGAGAACACAUGAAUGCAUAAGAAUGAGAAUAAUAAAGAAAAGCUUUUUGAUGAA